UAUUACUAAACGAGUAUUUAAGUCUCGAGUAGACUAUUAGACAUAUUUUUUUAUUCACAUUUGCAUAGUUUAAAAAAUUAAAUAAAGGGUCAACUUACUGUUAUGGCUUUGCAAAGUGAGCCUCGUCCUGUCUCAUGUCUCCUUAAGGAUUGCAAGACACCAUGUCCAUCUGCACCUGCAGAACCGAUUCAGGGUGAAGCACCUCGCUUCCAGGCCAUCAGUGUGAUCCGUCACACGUCAGAUCCAUUGCCUUGUCCUUCCUCGGAGGCUUUAGGUCUCAAACCCUGCCCCAUCAGCGCCACCCAGAGCUGGUGCAAAGGCCACGAUUGUGAUGUGAAAUCCGCCUGCUUCGAAAAUGCCUCCAAAACCCCUGGCUUGGUUAACAAGCUCUCGGAUUGUCCCACCACUGUGCCAUCAGUGGCAGUGUUCCAGAUGCUUGCAUGUACAGUAAUCAGUACAACCUCAUCUGCAGUUAAUCCCCCCGUUUUAGUCGCCACUCCCGUUCCCACCAUGGUACUGCUGCUCGCAAAGUCUCACACACAACCCUUGAUUUUAACAGCUACAGGUUCAAAGGACACUUCUAUCUCCUCCGUAGUGAAAAACCCACCACAGCUGCGUUGUCACAUCUGCCCCCACGCUGGCUGCAGUAAAACGUAUCUGAAAAGCUCUCAUCUGAAAGCACACCUGCGCAUACACACAGGGGAGAAGCCGUUCAGGUGUCAGUGGAAGGGAUGCGAUUCGCGAUUCUCCCGCUCGGAUGAACUCUCCCGCCACCUGCGUAUUCACACCGGAGAGAAACGCUUCACCUGUCCCGCAUGCCACCUUCGCUUUACACGCAGCGACCACCUGGCCAAACACAAACGUCGCCAUCAUAUGAUCAAGAAAGCUUCGGAUUGGCAGGCACCAAUCUCCCGGAUUGGUGGUUUCCCUGCAGGAGUGCGAGCUCUCCUUCCCAUCACGCUAAAGCCACAUGUUUGAAGGAGCAACUUGAGCAUGAUCAUGUUAGGUUGGGUUACUGCACUUUCUUCAUCUUGUCUUUUGAGAUGUGGGCAAAUCGGCACUUUGUACAUUUUAUUAGAUAUAAUCGAUCAUGUGCGGUUGAAGAGGAUAAGUUUUUGCUCCGAAAGAUCCACCAUUUGAAGGUCGACCACGCUUGGAUAACUUGAACUGUUCCGAGAUCUAAGUCAAGCGCUAGAGCUUGUGGGUAUAAAGAAAUGAACACACUUGCACACAAGCUUAAUUACUGACAGUGUAUUACCAAACAGGCCAACAUUUUACAUCUUCCAUCUGAGGAACUGAAAACAUCAACCUUUCAAAUAGACACUGUUUGUUUUAGCAAACUUGGAAGCUCAUCCAUCAUCUCCACGUUCCGAGCUUCUCCAUCAGCACUUACAGAGACCAUACAGCACUUUCUCAAACACACUGCACAUUUAUAAUCGACAGACAACCAAGAACUUCUAGGCAUGUGCAGAUAAUUGAAUUCGUCUCAAUACGUAUCACACAAAACACAUUUUUCGUUGCACGUGUGCUUCACAGCAUUUGUGCUCAAAAUGCUGUGCAGCAAUAACAUGGUUACUAACACAAGCUCGUGAAUAUUAUAAACUGCAAGAAGUAAACUAUUAGCUAAAAGGUCCUAUCUUUUUUGUUUUAUAGCAAUAUUCACCUCAAAGCUUGAGCACAAAUGUAAUAUAUAGUCAGCACUGUAGAUUAAAGCAUAGACCAAGUAAUAAAUAACCACUGAU